AUGGCGAUGGCCAUUAGUAGCGGCUGGUGGUUCAAACCUCUAUUGCUGUCAAUGGCUGUAUUGGCCUCGGGAUAUGAAUGUGUGGAUCUCACCUCUGCAAACUGGACUGCAAUACACAGUGGCAAUCUGACAGUAAAUUGGACAUCUGAAUCUCCCAAGUCAUCGGUCUCUGAGUUCUGGAAUAGAGGAUUGCUCUCCAUGUCUGAUGGAAUAGAGGAGGUUGGCACAGUAAAGUGGGAGCUGCUGCUGUGUCUCCUGGCCUGCUGGGUGGCCUGCUACUUCUGCAUCUGGAAAGGGAUCCGUUUCACUGGAAAGGUGGUGUAUUUCACGGCGGUGUUCCCCUAUGUGAUGCUGACCAUCCUGCUGGUCAGGGGGUUGACGCUGCCAGGAGCCUGGAAGGGCGUGGUCUACUACCUGUAUCCAGAUCCUUCUCGCCUGGCAGACUUUCAGGUGUGGAUGGAGGCUUGCGCUCAGGUCCUCUUCUCCUAUGGUGUUGCAUCAGGAACCCUGAUCACACUGGGCAGCUACAACAAAGUCAACAACCACUGUUACAAGGACAGUCUGUGGUUGUGUUUGCUCAAUAGUGCCACCAGUUUCAUCUCCGGCUUUGCGGUCUUCUCGGCUCUGGGCUUCAUGGCCGACACACAGGGAAUUCCCAUUGACAUGGUGGUUGAAUCAGGUCCCGGGCUCGCGUUCAUCGUAUUUCCUCAGGCUGUUGCCAUGAUGCCCCUCCCCCAGCUGUGGGCCGCCUGCUUCUUCAUUAUGCUCAUUCUGUUGGGACUGGACACAAUUUUUGCAGGUCUGGAAACAAUCACGUCGUCAGUGAUUGACCUAUUCCCGGGACAGAUGCGCAGACCCUGGCGCAGAGAAAUCUUCCUCUUCUUCUUCUGCACCAUCAGCUUCAUCAUACAGAUCUCUCUCACCACUCAGGGAGGAAUGUACCUCUUCGAGCUGGUUGAUUACUAUGGUGCCAAUGGAAUAUGCAUCUUAUUUGUGUCUGUGGUCCAGUGUGUGGCUGUUGGCUGGGCUUUUGGGGCUGAGCGGAUGUGUGACGCAGUUGAAGUCAUGACAGGACAACGACCGUGGGUUUUCUUCAAACUGUGCUGGUGCUACUUCACCCCUCUGAUCUGCACGGUUUGCUUAGUCUUCUUCAUCCUGGACCUCCAGACACUGGAAAUCAGCGGGGACUCUGUGUACCCGGACUGGGCUUACUCUCUGGGCUGGGCCAUGGCGCUCUCCACUAUGGUUGCAGUACCCAUCUGUGCUGUGGGCAAGAUCUGCCUCACAGAGGGAACCCUAAGACAGCGUCUGAUGGCCCUGUGGCGUCCGUGCUAA